CCUGUCAUUCUAUGACCCAUUGGUCAUCAGUGACAUUGUCAGACCAGUGUGAAUAGUGACAAGUUAACAAAUUUAUAUCUUGCAUCACUCUUUUAUUUUAUCAACCAGUUCAAUUUAAUUUCAUUAAUAAAUAAAUAAAUAACUUAUAAUUAUAUUAGCACAAUUUAAAUAAAUAAAUUUGAUGAUUGUGUUGUGAGUUAUGAUAACUAAAUAGACUGGAUAAAUCGUGUGGCCUCGAUGCAUCACGAGUAAUGAGAAUAAAUAUAAUUGCUGUUAAUUCAGGUUCAAUACCGCGUACUAUUAGAAGGUGUCGAACUUAUCGCAAUCUUGUUGGUCAAGUUUUAUUAAAUUCUUCUACGACUACAGAUCAAAUUGACGAUAGAAUUGAAGAAGAAGAAGAAGAAGACAUGGCGGAAGAUACUUCAAGUCAAUCCAAUGAAUCUACGUCACAAAAUAUGAUACAGAGAGAAAGAACUACUAAUAUGCUCUGGCGGAAUAAUUUACAAGAAGAUUUAAUUGACAAAGAAGAAGAAGAAGAAAGUGAAGAAGAAGAAGAAGUAGAAGAUGACGCGGAAAUUGAGGAAGCUAAUUUACGAUCACAAAAUAACAAUUCAUUACUGGAUACAAAUCAAUCAAAUUCUUUCGAUCCUCCGGAAAUAAAAGUAACGAUGGACGAUAGUCUUUUGCAAAUGGCACAUGAGUAUCGAGAAAAUUUCGAUGGAUUUGCUGAAAUAAAUCAGUUUAAUAGUAUCGAAGAAUUGCACGACUUUAUAAAAAAUACUUUGAAAAUAACCGCGGAUUUGAAAGAUAAAAAUUUUGAUUCGAAAAAUUUGAAUAGUCAGGAAGUUUAUUUAAAUAUUUUGUUAAAUCAACGGCCGGAAGAACGUUUUAGAAAAUUAUUUGAUACAAGUCGGGUAACGGUACGACGUUUGCUAGCGAGGAAUGAAGAUAUUUUGAGAGAAUUAUUUGCGUCUGCGAGUUUGGAUAUUUUUCCUAGUCCUCUAGCUCCUACUGAUGGAAUGGACGAGGGGGUUGAUGAAGACGUUGUUUGUCAAAAUCCGCAGGAUGACGAAGUUAAUGAAAAUAUGAAACGAUGGUACAUGAUUGAAAUGAUUGGCCUGUGGUUGAAUAUGAUCACUGAUAUUACGAGUUACCGAGAAGCUAUUAAGAAACGAGUGCUGAUGAAUAGUUGGGGUAUUGAAAAUGACCAAUAUGAGGGAAUCGCUGUACCUUUGAAGUACAAAUAAUAUUAUCGAUGUUUAAUAAGAUUAUCAGGUUAACAAUAAAUAUUUUAGUUAAUUUUAAAACG